CCAAUCAAAAGACGAAGGGAGUUGGUCUUCUUGAUAUCUUGGCAAGAUCGACAGAUCAUGCUUCUUACACUGCAACAACGUGGCGCCUGUGAAGUUUUGUAUAGGAUUCCGAAUACUAAUGAUCAAGUUGAGCGCUCCAGAGAACCAUUUGUUAUUAUGUGCGUCAAACCAGACGUAAUUUAGAGACAAGACAAGGUUCUCGUUCUGCUGGGGUAACCGACCAAGGCUGGCAGUGAGAAGUUGUCCGACGUCAGAGACUACUCCCCCAAGUGCACAGCGCGACGUAGAGGGCAAACCGUGAUGGAGAAGCCUCCAUUGCCUAGCGAUGAGGAGGGCACUAGGAUGGGAGACAGUCGGUCGGAGGCGGAGCUCCUGGACUUGGGAGUGCAGGGGACCUCUGGGGGAGUGGCAUCGUCUGGGGAUGCAGACGACCGCCCGGCGUGGGACAGCAAGCUGCAGUAUGUACUGGCUCAGGUGGGCUUCAGCGUGGGCUUGGGGAACGUUUGGAGGUUCCCCUACCUCUGCCAUCAGAACGGAGGAGGCGCGUUCAUGGUGCUCUAUGUCAUGCUGUUGGUGGUGGUGGGGGUUCCCCUGUUCUUCAUGGAGCUGGCUGCGGGCCAGUGUAUCCGUCAGGGCAGCAUCGGUGUGUGGAAGCACAUCUCCCCCAAGCUGGCCGGUAUUGGCUACUCCAGCUGCAUGGUGUGUUUCUUUGUGGCUCUCUACUAUAAUGUCAUCAUCGCAUGGAGUCUCUUCUACAUGGGCAACUCCUUCCAGUAUCCUCUACCCUGGGAGCAGUGUCCCAUCAACAUGACCACCAAUAACACUGUAAAGGAAUGCUCAAGUAGCUCCCCAACCUCAUACUUCUGGUUCCGGAAGGCUCUAGACAUCACAGACUCCAUCGAUGAGUCUGGUGAGUUUAACCCCAUCAUGACGGGCUGUCUGCUGGCUGCCUGGGCCAUCGUCUGUCUAGCCAUGAUCAAAGGCAUCAAGUCCUCUGCCAAGGUGAUGUAUUUCUCCUCAGUCUUCCCCUAUGCUGUGCUGUUCAUUUUCCUCGUCAGAGGCUUGAUGCUGGAUGGAGCCAUGGAGGGAAUUGCCUACAUGUUCUACCCUAAAAUAGAAAUUUGGGCUGAGGUGCAGGUGUGGCGGCAGGCAGCCACACAGGUGUUCUUUGCCCUGGGCCUGGGCUACGGCUCUGUGAUUGCCUACUCUUCCUACAACCCCAUCCACAACAACUGUCACCGUGACGCUCUCAUGGUCUCCUGCAUCAACUUCAUGACCUCAGUGCUCGCAUCACUGGUGGUGUUCGUAGUGCUGGGCUUCAGGGCCAAGAACAUUGUCCUGAACUGCAUCACCCAAAAUAUGGGCCUGUUAAACGACAUGGCCACACAUGGAAGCAACCAUCACUGGUGGCCGUGGUUCAACAUGUCUGAUCCUGCCUCCGUCACCAUACCUGACUACAGAGAGUGGUACCAUCACUACGGCUCCCAGGUGGGAACAAACAUCACCGACUGUGACCUGGAUGAGGAGAUGAGCAAGGGUGUGGAAGGGACGGGCCUGGCGUUUAUUGCCUUCACAGAGGCCAUGGCCCAGUUCCCUGCCAGCCCCUUCUGGUCCACGCUCUUCUUCCUCAUGCUGCUCAACCUGGGCAUGAGCACCAUGUUCGGCACCAUGCAGGGGAUCCUCACCCCCCUCAUGGACAACUUCAGCCUGCUGGGACGCCACCGGACCAUGCUCACUGUGUGCAGCUGUGCUCUGGGCUUUGUGAUCGGACUUUUGUUUACCCAGCGCUCGGGGAACUACUUUGUGACGAUGUUCGAUGACUACUCUGCCACCCUGCCCCUGAUCAUCGUGGUGGUCUUUGAGACAUUCGCUGUGGCCUGGGUGUACGGAGCUGACCGCUUCUUGGAUGACAUUGAGAUCAUGCUGAAAUGGCGCCCCCCGGUGCUGUAUAAGUACCUGUGGAAGUACGUGUGUCUGUUUGCUAUGGUGGGCCUGCUGGCGGCAAGUCUACUGCGAAUGGUCUUCAAACGACCGACCUACACAGCCUGGAACCACACCACGGCAUCGGAGACAACUCUGGAGUACCCAGGCUGGGCCCUUGCUAUGUUGGCCAUGCUGAUCCUGGCUGCCACCCUGCCUGUCCCUGUUGGCUACUUCCACUCCUGGCUGAAGAACCGUGGCAUGGGCCCCGAGGGGGAGCUCGCGGGCCAAGAGAUAGACCGAGAGAGGUACAUCAAGUGCAACUCCAGCGAUGCCCUGGACUCCUACUCCCAGCAUACCCCUUCGGUGGAGGAUGAUGGCCGACCCAGGGCUAGCUUCCUACCACUGGGCCUCGACCACUACAGACUCCUCCCACAACAGGAAGACAUGGAGGAGGUGGAAGAGGAUACGAUUUGAGAGAGGGGUUUGAGAAUCGAGGGACGAAGAGAGGAGAGUGGCAGUGGGAAAGAGAGCCUUACUUUAGAGAGAGAGAGAGAGCGUCUCUUGACUGAAAUAGUGGAAAGGACUCCACUUAUAUCCCCAGACUUUUAAUUGAUAAUGAAUCUUAAUAAGGUAUUACUAUGUUUAUGACCGUUCAUCCAUAUUACCAAAGAAACCUAACAUUAGCACAAUGGAAUAACCUGUAUCCUUAGUGCCAAAGCACACCUAUCAGUGACCUAUCAUAAGUCACCUAUCAUAAUUGACCUAUCAUAAGUGACUUAUCAAAAUUGACCUAUCAUAACUGAGCUAUUAUAAGUGACCUAUCAUAAGUGACCUAUCAUAAGUGACUUAUCAUAAUUGACCUAUCAUAAGUGACCUAUCAUAAGUGACCUAUCAUAAUUGACCUAUCAUAAGUGACUUAUCAUAAUUAACCUAUCAUAAGUCACUUAUCAUAAGUCACCUAUCAUAAGUGACAUCAUAAUUGACCUAUUAUAAGUGACCUAGUGGUUAGAGUGUUGGGCCAGUAACUGAAAGGUUGCUGGAUCGAAUCCCCGAACUGACAAGGUAAAAAACUGUCGUUCUGCCCCUGAACAAGGCAGUUAACCCACCUUUCCCUGGUAGGCUGUCAUUGUAAAUAAGAAUUUGUUCUUAACUGACUUGCCAAGUUAAAUGUACUAUUUAUAAAACCUAUCAUAAGUGGCCUAUUAUAAGUGACCUAUCAUUGUACUGCUAAGUACUGUAAGAAGUGCCUUAUGGUUCAAGUGCUGUAUUAACACACCCAGGAUCCUAUUCCUUGAACUGUGAUGACAGUUUCAACUAGCUGCUCACAGGUAAAUGAUAUGUAUGACUUGUAUUCUUGGGUUUCUUGUAGUUUGACUUGAUUCUGCUCCAAAGACACUUAUGAAGGUGAGGAGUAUUGAGGGAAGCGAAGGACUUUAAAGUCCAGCUUGUAUAUUGCAUAGUAAUACUCUUGUAAGACAAGUAGAGGCUCUGAUCCAGAGAGCCACAAAAUAUAUAUUUGAUAUAUUCUGAUAUGCAGUUUUUUAUUAGGGUGCUAAACUUAGUUCAGGAAAGUAAGGAGCUGAAUUUGGGGCAAAGAUUGGGGAAGUUGUGCAGUGGUACUCGGUAUGACCAGUGACCGCCCAUAAACAAAGAUCCUGCCAAAGUAACUUCUAAAGGAUGUUUAGAAAAUAA